CGAAUGAGGAUCCACUGCUGCUUGCGAAUAGGCGACCAAAUAAGCAGCUCCCCAUUUGAGAGCCGCAGUCCCCAAUCGAAUCAGCGAGAGCAGCAGCUCUUUUGGGAGCGGCGAUCCGCAAUCAAGCGGCUCCUCUCCGAGCUGCGACCGGCAAUCGAAGCAAUCAAGCGGCUUCGCUCCGAGCCGCAGUCCGCAAUCGAAGCACCUCCCUUCUUUAGCCGCAAUCCGGAAUCAAAGCAGUCCUUUCCGGAUUACAAUCAGAAACAGAUCCUCUUUCGAAUUCAUUAUCCGGGUUUCCAUUGGUGGCGGGAACCUAGCAGCUAUAUAUAUACAUCUGGCCUGGCGGACAAUUUUAAGAGGAGGCGAGCAAUAACUCCCUAAGUGGACAUCAGUUUUCGGAGCGACCAGCAACUCGGGCGAUGGCGAAGUCUAGUCGCCGGCGACGGGCUGCCAAAUCGAUGGACAGGCCAUCGGCUUCGACCGUGGGGGAAGUCAAUCCAGAUGAUAGGAUCAGCAGCUUGCCCAAUGACAUCCUGCUCAACAUUCUUGACCGACUCGAUGUCUGCAACGCUGCGAGAACCAGUGUCCUCUCGAGAAGGUGGAGUCAGCUUCCUGCAAUGCUCCCACGGCUUGUAAUCAGUGCUCCGGACCUCCUGCCCUCAGAAACUAAAACCAAAAAGACCAAUGGUAAAUUGGUUCGGAGGACCAAAGCAGCUGUGGCCGAAACUUUGGCCAAUGCAGGACUGUCCAAUGCUGAAUUGGUUCAGAGGACCAAUGCAGCUGUGGCCAAAGCCUUGGCUGAUGCAGCCAAAGCUGUGGCCAAUACAGCUGCGGCCAAAGCGACAAAGAGCAUACUGGCACGCAGGGAUCCGGGUGGAUGCACCAUCCGCCUCUUGAGCAUGACGUUCUACUUGAAAGACGAUGCCCCCAUAUCAGUUGGGCAUUCUGUUGCCAGUGCCAUGGCAACAUGCAAGAUUGAGAAGGCCGAAUUCAUAGUUCUGACAGAGAAGGAACGCCUAGAGUGCGACGUUUAUGACGUGGAAAACUAUGGGACACGGUUUGUGUCGUUUUUUAAUGAAUGUGUCAAUGCAUUUGCUGGUCUCACCCGCCUCCACCUGCAGAAUUUGAGAUUCGCCAAAUCAGACUUUGUUUCCAACAUUCUUGUCACUUGCAAGAAAUUAAAUUAUUUAGGUUUUCUCAAUUGCGACACAGAGGAUUGGAUAACACUCCAAGUUGAACAUGCACAGCUCAGUGAGCUCAGUAUUGUUAAUUGCCGGUUUGACAUGGUCAAACUCGCCUGGGUUCCGAAACUCACCUGCCUGGUGUUUGAGUUUUGGGUGUCUUUCAAAAAACCACCAUUGUCAUUUGGCCAUGUCCCAUUGCUUGAGGUUCUGCGCCUUUCAAAUGUUGCUCUUAAUUGGCACAAAAUGGUCAAGUUAAGUACAUUUCUUCACGAGACCUCUGUCCGAGACCUGAGGUUGGGGUUUAAAUCUGAAAAGAUUUGGGUUCAACCAGAGUGUUUGACCAGAAGGCAGGCAUAUGUGUUCUGCCAACUAAGGAUUCUCAAUCUACUUAGCAUUCCUGAAGGGUAUGAUCUCACCUGGACAAUGUUCUUUUUGGAAGCGGCGCCGUCCCUGGAGGAGCUCAUAUUGACGGUAAUUGAUCAUCCAUGUGAAAUGGAAAUGGACGAGAAGGUGAGGAGGCAGAAGUCGUAUAGCAGGAACAAGGGGGUCCGGUGGGAAUCACCUACAUCAAAUUUCAAGCACCAUUGUCUCACCAAGCUAACCUUCUUCUGCUUCCAAUCUGAAGAGUACAUGGUGAGUCAUGUCAGGCGUGUCAUGAAAGCAGCGGUGAAUCUAGGGGAUGUGUACCUGUAUGACAGGCUCACAUGUAUCUACUGCGAAGGCGAGGAGCCUCUAAAGCCGAUAGUGUUUCCGAAGACAGAUAAGCAGAUGUCUUCAGUGGAGAAGCAAAUCAGGAAGGGCAUCGAGUCACCUGCCAUAAUCCACUUCCUGGCGGCUGCUGAAAUAAGCGAUGAUUAUUGUGCAAGGUUAACUGAAGACUGUUAGUGGCAGUUUAUUGAAUACCAAGUCGGCUUGCCUGAGUACUCGAUUGGGCUAGAAACAGUUUCCAAAUACGCAUUUCCUUAUUUGGUCUGCUUUUGUAGUUGCAAUGCCUUGUAUAAUUAAAAUCAGUUGAAACCAAUUGUGGCACUAUUGUCUGUGAAUUCAAAGUUAAAUUUUAGACCAAAGUUUAUAAUAGUAUUGGAUCCAUUGAUGUGU